AUGCAAAGUAUUAGCGAGUAUCUUUACAGCUACGGCAGACAGCUCAGAGAUGCGCUUCCGAGUUUCUCAAAAUCGAGCGAUAAAAUGAUGCGUGUUGCGUUGGUUCAAAAAGCCGGAAUUACUGCAAUAUGUAUUUCGAUCUUGGCACUCUGCGUGAUGCUACCACUUUGGAACUAUCUGGCAUUAAAACACUGGGCUUUCAAGCUACGACACCACAUGAGGUAUGAUGUGCUCCGAAAAAUACGCUGGCUACAUAGCUCGCGAAUCUUACACAACCAAGCGUUCAGAAUAUGUGUUUUCUGGCUAUUAAUCUCGUUGAUGUGCUCUUUGGCAGGCACGAAGGGCGAUCUCAUUCAAAUAACGAAAAGGCUAGGAAGAGUUGCUGUCGCUUUGAUGCCUCCACUGCUAUUUCUUACGCUGCGACCUUCGCCUUUGCCACACACAUUAUACCUCUCGCUUCUUCCAAUUCACAAGUGGAUCUCGAGAGUCGUGGUGCUACUUUCCACUUUGCAUACUGCACUAUACUCGGCGUACUUUUUAAAAAGUCAUGCAUUCUGGGUCAAAUUGAGCAAGCCCGCAAAUUUUUGGGGAGUCUUGGCUUUGCUUUUGUUCUUCUUCAUUGCAGCUACAUCUGUGUCCCAAAUACGAAGAUACAACUUUCAACUAUUUUAUUACACUCACUACUUGGCCACAUGGCUGACGGUUGUUCUUAUUCAUUAUCAUGCAAGGCCAUCGAUUCCUUAUUAUACUGCGAUGAACUGUUCACUGUUGGUUGGCCAAAUAGCGUACAGAGCUUUCCACACUAGACGAGUACUCAUUUGCGUCAAUGAAGUCUCGCCAAGCUUGAUGUUAGUUGAUUUUCCCACAUCAGAGUUAUCUAACAGGCCCAGCAUGCCUUCAGCUCAUAUAAGAAUGGCCUUAUAUCAUGAGUUUUCUCCGCUUAAGAGAAUAUUUCAGCGAUGUGUCCCACUCCAGCAUCCAUACACCAUUGCGAGUCUUCCCAAUGACGAUAAUGUCAAACUAAUUGUGCGUUCUGGUAAUUUUAAGUUACGCAAUAAUUCGUCUUACCUUGUCACUGGGCCUUUUGAACCAAAGCUGGAUUUUCUUUCGAAAGGCAAAAACGUAAAACUUGGAGAGCACAACUUUUCUUUCCAAAACCAAAGCCCAGCACUUUUGGCUUCGCCGCUCCAUUACAAUACUGAUAUAAGAAGAGCGCUGAUUGUCACAGGUGGAAGUGCAAUAUCUUUUGGUUUGCCAUUGCUGAGGAUUUUAAAUUUCAACGGUGUCACGGUUCGCCUCAAGUGGGUGACCAGAGACUAUCGAGACUUGAAGUUACUGAAUUAUUUCAAAAACAACUUCGAGGGUCUUGAAAUCUACGUCACAGGCGCAGAUACGGAUGAGCAAGACUUGCGUAUCGACUACGUUGAUUUUGAUGACCCAGCGUCCGAUGACCCGGAACCCUUCCGUGGAGUGGAAAGCGUAUCGCAUCAGCCUAAUCAAGCUUCCUUUCAAUCUAGUACGUAUGGCACAUUCAAAUCAGUGGAUACAACUGGCUCAGUUGGCAUGCUGAACCAAGGAAGAAGUAAUCAGGAAGACGAAAUUGAUUUCACUCAAAUAUUCAGCGCUGGGAAUACGAAACGUAAGAUCUCACGAAAAUCGAGUUCAUCUCCAACGAUGCUUCAAAAGGAAGAUGCUUUCCGUAAGCCUUCGAUCUUGGUUCCCCCCCCUGAUCAGAGCGACGUUGCUCGAGAAAGAAAUGAAGGAUCAACGAAAAGCCUCAAAAUCCCGGCCGGUGUGAAAGUGUUCUUUGGGCGGCCCAACCUGACCAAUCACGAUUACCAGUGGUGUCUGGAAAAAGAGUGCAUUGGUCCCUCUGAUACAAAUGACUGUUGUCAACCUAAUGCUCCGAAAGCGCAUGUUAACGACUUGUGCCGCGUUUGGGUAAUUGCGGCAGGCCCUUCUCAGCUGGUGGGAAAUACAAAGAGAUGGGCCAAUGACGGCGGGCUACACUUUCAUGAAGAAAGCUUCACAUUGUGA